GCAGUUGCCUGGUAACGCCCGCCGAAAGAGUCCCGGCGUCAGAAGGUCCCGGAGAAGUGUCACUGGUCCCGAGUGGGACCCCGUAGUCCGUUCUCUCCGCGCCAGCCUGUCCCCGCGUCUUGGCGGGCUAGGGCAGGGGAAAUGUUGCAGGAGGAGUCGGAUCUUUCUCUCGUUAUUGCCCAGAUAGUCCAAAAGCUCAAGGGCUCCAAUUUGUACGCUCAGUUGGAACGGCAGGCCUGGGCCAGUCUUCAGAGACCGGAGAUUAAACUUGAAUCACUAAAAGAAGAUAUUAAGGAAUUCUUUAAAAUAUCAGGUUGGGAGAAGAAACUUCAGAAUGCUGUUUAUAGUGAACUGAGUGUGUUUCCUUUACCUAGCCAUCCUGCUGCACCUCCUGAACAUCUCAAAGAACCUUUGGUAUACAUGAGGAAAGCACAGGGAAGUUGGGAAAAAAGAAUUUUGAAGAGUUUAAAUAGUAUGUGCACUGAACUGAGUAUCCCAUUGGCACGAAAGAGGCCAGUUGGAGAACAGAAAGAACUUCUCAAUAAAUGGAAUGAAAUGGGAACUGAUGAACCAGAUUUAAGCCUUUUCAGACCUGUUUAUGCACCCAAGGAUUUUCUGGAGGUGUUAAUUAAUCUUCGCAACCCAAAUUAUGAAAAUGGUGAUUCUCUUAGUUUCAGGACUCAUUUGGGUUUAAUCCAAGUUCCUCUGAAAGUAAAAGACAUCCCUGAAUUGAAAGAAUUCUUUGUAGAAUUGGGCUUAACUACAGGACAGCUGGGUAUAGAUGAUUCUACACAAGUGCCUCCUGAACUUUUUGAAAAUGAGCAUGUACGUAUUGGGCAAAAAGUUCUAGCAGAACAAGAUAGUGCCGCUGCUCAACAGUAUAUCAGACAAGGAAGCCCCACAGCACUGAGAGCGGAAUUAUGGGCUCUCAUUUUGAAUAUUUCCAGUCAACCUGAGGAUAUCUUAUAUUAUGAGCAGCUCAAGACCAAUGUGAUACAACAUGACCUUUUGGUGGAUAGUCUAAUCUAUAAAGAUGUGAAGUUGACAGCAAGCAAUGAUGAUUAUUAUUUUGUAUUUGAAGACUAUUUAUAUCAGGUAUUACUUUGUUUCUCCCGGGAUACAUCUGUGUUGGGUCAUUUUGCGUACAACAGCGCUUCACCACCGAAAUCAUACAUCAGAGGAAAACUAGGACUAGAAGAAUAUGCAGUAUUUUAUCCACCAAAUGGUGUAAUCCCUUUUCACGGAUUUUCAAUGUAUGUUGCACCGCUUUGUUUUCUGUACCAUGAACCUUCCAAACUGUAUCAGAUAUUCCGUGAGAUGUAUGUGCGUUUUUUCUUCAGACUACAUUCCAUCUCUUCUCACCCUUCUGGUAUUGUGUCCCUCUGUCUGCUGUUUGAAACUCUUCUUCAAACUUACCUCCCCCAGCUCUUUUAUCAUCUACGAGAAAUUGGGGCUCAACCGCUACGCAUAUCCUUUAAAUGGAUGGUUCGAGCUUUCUCUGGAUAUUUAGCUACAGAUCAACUCCUGCUUUUGUGGGAUAGAAUCCUAGGAUACAACUCUCUGGAAAUUCUUGCUGUCCUGGCAGCUGCUGUGUUUGCUUUCCGAGCAGUAAACCUGAUGGAGGUGACAUCACUGGCUGCAGCUGAAGCAGUUCUUGCUGACCUUUCUACCUUAAAAGUUAUGCCUCUUCUUCAAAUUUUUCUGUUUGCUACUGUCACCUGAUCUCCUUCAAGGUCACUGACAACACAUCUAGUUUUUUUCAUUAGAAAAUAAUCAUGAACUAUGCAAACUCUGCAUAAAACCAAAAUUAAACUUCGCAUAUAAGCCAAUAAAGAUCAUGUUCCCUCUUCAGUUAAACCUAAGUCGUUUUUCACUUUUUGAAACAAAGCUCUGCACACCAAAUGUUCCACUGCAUGCUGCUGAUUUUCAAGAGAGAAGCAAUAGACAUAACUUCUGCUAAACUGAGCAUACUAUAUAUAUAUAAUCCUGACUUGUAAAAGGCAUGUAAUGAUAUAUGCAAUAAGAGCUAAAGAUACUGCAAUAAACUUGAAGAGGUAAUGUA